AGUCAGUCGGUGACUCAGAGGCGGCAGAAUGUGCAGCGUGCUCAGACCUGCUGCAGGACGGCAGAGCGGUUAAAACCCGGCGCUCGUUCAGGAACCAGAACAUUCUGCUCAGCUGAUUCUGGAUCCGACGACAUGGAGAGCUGCUGGGUUUCGCUCUGCGUGGUUCUGGUCGCUGUGGGCUCGGUCCGGACCACCUACACCUCCUACUCUGAUCUGCGCUGUGAGUGCAGCGGCCGGGCGCGGCUCUGCCUGCGGGACGCUUGGGGUCUGCGCUGCCUGGACUGUCAGGGAAACACUGAGGGUCGACACUGCGAGCGCUGCAAGGACGGAUUCUACCAGCAGGGGGCGCGGCUGAGCUGCACGCCCUGCGGCUGCAGCCCUGCAGGUUCUGUUAGCAACACGUGUGACAGCAGGGGGCGCUGCAGCUGUAAGGAAGGCGUCUCUGGAGACAAAUGUGACCUUUGCCCCGACGGCCCUGUGGGGGCGGACGGCUGCAGCAGGAGGCGCCGGGAAACAGAGGAUUCUGGGAGUUUGAGUCUGCCGUGUUUCUGUUACGGACACAGUGAGCGAUGUUCCGCUCAGCCUGGUUUCUCCGUCCACAACAUCUCCUCCACCUUCAGCUCAGGUCCAGACGGCUGGACGGCGGCGACGGCCCAGCGUACGACUGCUCAGAACGUUCUGUUCCGCUGGUCGCCCAGACACCAGGACCUAGAGGUGGUCUCCAAACAGAGCCCGCCCACUUACCUGUACGCGCCAGAGGUUUACCUGGGGAACAAGCUGCUGAGUUACGGCCAGAACCUGUCCUUCUCGCUGCGUUUGGACCGCGGCGUUCGCCACCCGUCCACCAGCGACGUGGUCCUGGAGGGCGGCGGCCUGACGGUGGCGGCGGCGCUGGGGGACCUGAGGGCCGUCGUCCCCUGUGGGAAGAAGAUCCACUACAGCUUCAGGUUGGAUGAAAAACCCGGCAGCAGCUGGAAUCCUCAACUUUCCUCAUUGGAUUUCCAGAAGCUUCUCCAGAACCUGACGGCCAUAAAGAUCCGGGCCACGUUUGGACCGGACGGACGCGGUUACCUUGACAAUGUGAACCUGGUUUCGGCUCGGCGUGGGCCCGGCGUGGCGGCCGGAUUCCAGACCUGCAUCUGUCCUCCGGGAUACGAGGGCGACUCCUGUGAGCGCUGCUCGGCCGGGUUCCGGCGCCGGACGCCGUCGGCCGGAGCCUUCGGCGCCUGCGAGCCGUGCGGCUGCCGGGGCGGCAGCUGCGACCCCCAGACCGGAGACUGCUACUCCGCCGACGAGACGGCCGGCGAGCGCGGCUGCCCGGACGGGUUCUACAGAGACCCGCGGCAGCAGACCUGUGAGCGCUGCCCCUGUCCGGAGAGGUCGUCCUGCUCCCUGGAGGCCGGAGCGCUGGAGCCUCAGUGCCUGCGCUGUCCGUCCGGAACCUUUGGGUUUUACUGCGACACCUGUCGGGAGGGAUUCUAUGGCGACCCCGCGGGUCUGCGAGGCGCGCAGCGACCCUGCAGAUCCUGCAGCUGCAACGGAAACAUCGACGUCAGCAGGGCGGGAAGCUGCGACCGGAUCACCGGGGAAUGUCUGCGGUGCCAGAACAACACGACCGGCCGGUUCUGUGAGAGCUGCCUGCCCGGGUUCUACCGGAACCCGUCCACCGCCUCCUGCAAACCCUGCCUCUGUGACCCUCUGGGCUCAGAGGACAGACAGUGCGCGACCGGACGGUGCCAGUGCCGACCCGGCUUCGAGGGUCCGAGGUGUGACCGGCCCAACUGCCCCACCUGCUUCACCCCCAUCAGGAAGAAGAUGGAGCUUUACUCCUUCAAACUGAAGGAGCUGGAGAUGCUGCUCUCCGAUCCGGGUCGGGUUCCGACCAACCGGGCCGAGAUUGAGGCGGCUCUGAGAGCUUUGGAGGAUCUGAUGAAGAACCUGCAGGACAACGCCGAGCAGCUGACGGAUCAGGAGAAGAAGCUGCAGACUCGCCUGUCGUCCAUCAGCAGCCGUCAGCUGACCGACGACCAGGAGAUCCAGAACAUCUCAAAGACGGUCAAACACAUCGACCGGCAGCAGCAGAGCUUCAGGUCAAAGGUGGAGGAGGUCGAGACGCUGAUCGCUGCCAUGAAAAACCUCCUGAAGGAGGCGAAAACCAAAAUCCAGUCUGUGGAGCUUCCUGCCCGUGAUGACCCGCUGACCUCAGGCUCGCUGUCCUCUCUGGUGCAGCAGGCAACAGGACUGGCUGAUGAACAAAAGGCGACGGCCGACUCUGUGGAGCGGACGGCCAACCAGGCUCUGAACGACUCCAAGCAGAGUCUGGAUCUGGUCCGGACUCUGAUCACCAAGGAGAACAAAGUCAAGGAGCUGAUUGGAGAUCUGCAGGAUCUAUACGAUAAAACCUCGGCAGAUGUGAAGAGUUUGGAGAAGCGAGCAGGAAGUAAGAGCGACGACGCCAAACAGGAGAGCAAGAUGGCCGACGGCAUGCUGAAAGACAUUUCCACAUUGGAGAGAGCUCCAGCGUCGAUGAAGGAUGCUGUGGACGCCAUGGCAACCAGGCUGGACGCCCUGAAGGACGCGGCGCAGAAGAACAUGUCCGCCGUGGACGACCUGCUGGGCGCCGUGGAGGAAGACCGGACCGACGCCGAAGAGCUGCUGGAUCGGGGCCGAACCGCACAACAGGAGUUCAACAAGCUGCUGGACCGGGUCAACACCGCCAAAACCGAAACCGAGAAGGCUCUGCAAGGCGUCGGUACCAACAACAACCUGGAUGACACCCUGAACACCCUGAAAGGUACGGACACCCGGAGCGGCGCCAGUAAAGCUGAAGCCGAUGAGGCCAUCAAGCGUCUUCCGAACAUCAACAGCACCAUCCAGGAAGCUGUGCGUAAGAACGGCGAGGCCCAGUCGGUUCUGGACGCGGCGUCCAACGAUCACGACGAGGCGAUGGAAAACAUCAACGCUCUGGACGACUUGACUAAAAACCUCCAGAACGCGGCCGGGUCGCUGCCGGACGCUGACGGUUUGGUGAGCGAAGCCGACAAACUGAACCAGGAGGCCAAGAACCUGAAGGCCGGAGCGGAGCAGACGGCCGAGGGGCUGAAGGACGGGCUGAAGGAGGCGGAGCAGCUGGCUGCUGGAGCGGAGGAGGCGGCUGCCGGAGCGACCGCGGCGCUCGCCAACGCCAAGCAGAGCAAAGACGCCGUUCAGGAAACGCUGAGCUCCGUCAACAACAUGCUGGCCAACAUCAACUCCGGAGACGUUGUGGACGAGGAGCAGCUGCGGCAGCUGGAGGAGGCUCUGGGCCGGGCCGAGGCGGAGCUGGAGGCCCGGCUGCGGCCGCGGCUGGACGCCAUGGAGGACCAGGAGGAGGCGCAUCGGCGCCGCCUCGCCGACAUCAACCUCCACAUCGACGACAUCCUGAGGGACAUCGCCAACCUGGAGGACGUCCGGAGCAGCAUCCCUGCUGGCUGCUACAACACCCCGCCCAUCGAGGAGCCCUGAGCCGCCGGCCAGAGGUCAGGGGUCACAGGUCGCUCGCUCCAGAUGCUUCAGACACUUCAGACUCUUCAACGGUUUUCCUGCUGGGAGUUUCCGUCUGCUGCUGUUCAUAUCAAACCCUCCUGCUUUCAGCCGGACCCUCCUGAGGUCUGGUUCUGGUCCGGCCCGGUCGGUCCGCUCUGCUCAUUUUACUGUUCAGAUUAUUUUUCUACAAAAUAAAUAAAACAACCAAAUUUGUUCCACCUCUGAUUGAAAUACCUGGAAAACAGGCUGAAGUGGUUUUAUAUGUUUUAUUAUUAUGAUACAAUCAGAUGUUCAUUUUGUUACAUACAUAAAAUCUGCAUAAUUUAACAAAGAUUUCUUUCAUAACUCUCAGAUUUAAUCCACAGUUUGAAACUUUAAAUCGUUGCCCGCUGAGUGUAAGCAUGGAAACGGCGUUUCUUUCCGGCGUUCAUUUUGUUUAUUAAAACUUUUUGUUUCACUAUUUAUAUGUGAAUAAGGAGAGAAAACAUUUUCAUUUCUCCAGGUUUACAAUCUGCAGGUUGCAGGAGCCGAUGGAAAUGAAUUUAUAGAUUAUUAACAGAUUAUUAUCUUUUCUGUAUCUUUUCUGUAUUUAUUCUUGUACAGAUUCUGAUUUUUUGCUGAUAUGAAAAAUGUUUAUUAGUUUCGUUAUUAAACACGAUGGACCAUCGAACCAGAAAUAUUUAAGCUUCCUUAUUGAUUUCUAAUAAAAUCAAUUUAAAAUCUUUA